AUGACGGAGCCUUAUGGAGCAGCCCUGAACAAAGACUGGAACGCAUUGAAGAACUUCUACGAGUUGCACAAGGAAUUCGUGACUGCUUCUCUGACGGUCACCGGAGACACUGCCCUUCACAUUGCAGUCCACAGCGGAAACACGCAAUUGGUAAGGUCUCUGCUCAACCAAAUAUUGGGCGACGACAAAGGCAAUGAGUCCCCGCUGUUUCAUUCUUUUAUCGAAGAAUUGGCGCCCCUUCGGAGAAAGAACGAGUACGGGGACACGGCUCUCCACGAGGCAGCCUCCCGCGGACAUCUCGAAAUCGUCAAGUUAUUGCUGGACCGCGAUGAAGAGCUUCUCAAAGUUAAGAACAACAGAGGAGAGACUCCUCUGUUCCGGGCAGCUGCGUUUGGCCAGACAAAAGUGGUCAGAUUUUUAGCUUCGAGAGUCGACGACAUGCGAACUCACCGCAGACGAGAUGAUAGCACCAGCAUUCUUCACAUAGCCGUCCUCGGAAGAUACUUUGAAACUGCAGUGGAAUUACUCCGACACGACAUAUCGCCGGAUUCGAUAGAUGAAAACGGCAUGACAUGUUUUCAGCUGCUAGCUAACAUGCCGUCUGCUUUCAGGAGUGGUUACUCCAUGGGAAAAUUGGCCAGUCUACUCUAUUAUUAUUACGACGAAGAUGAUGAUAUAGUGCCGCAGCAUGCCUCAAGCGGAAAGAAAGAUCUGGAGAGUGGACAGGGAUCUAGCCAAGGAAACAUUCCUACAGGCCUUCCUCAAAAGGAUGAUCAGAAACUCGAUGAUAUAGUACCGCAGCCCGCCUCGAGUAAAGAGGAAGAUUUGGAAAGUGGCCAUGGAAGGAAACCUCUCCAGGGAUAUAGCCAAGUAAACCAACCUACUGGGACCUUAAAAGCUUACUGUAAUUUUUGGAGGGGCGCAGCUCUAGUAUUGCCAGCCAUUGGAAAACUGUGGGACAUAAAGAAGAAGCAAAGCAAAGUGCUGGAGCUUCUCAAUAUUCUUGCCAAACAGGAUUUAUCAUGGAUUGGUGGAAACUUUGGAGGCGCCCCGGAUGAAAAAAUCCACCUUCCUGUGCAUGAAAAAGAUGAUGCAGAAGAAGCUGACAAAGAUGAUGAAGAAGACGCCGGCUCUUCUAGGUCUCACGCAGCUUCCGAAACUAGUUUUCGGUUCGAGACUCCGCUCAUUGCAGCAGCAAGAAAUGGGAUCAUGGAGAUAGUGGAGGCCAUACUGAAAGUGUAUCCGCAGGCGAUCGAGCAUGUAAACCAAAGAAAUGAGAACAUAUUCCAUGUCGCAGCGAGAUAUCGAAGAGCAGAAAUAUUAGAGCUCCUCCAAUCUUCGCACAUUCCAAUUUCGAGGCUGAGGAGGAAGAUCAACGCAGAUGGUGACAGUAUUUUGCACAAAGCGGCUUAUUUGGGAGAGUAUUCUUUGAGGGAUAGGCCUGGGGAAGCCCUUCGUAUGCAGUCUGAGAUUCAAUGGUUUAAGAGAGUGCAGAAAAUAGUGCCUUCAUAUUUCAUCAACCACCGGAACAAAGAUGAACACACAGCCCAAUUCUUGUUCAGCAAACAACACAGAGACCUUGUCAGGCGCGGUCAGGAAUGGCUGAUGCGGACCACGCAGGCCUGCACCCUCGUCGCCGUCCUCAUCGCCACCGUCGCCUUCACCUGCGCCUACACCGUCCCCGGCGGCUCCAGCAAGACCGGCCACCCCCUCCUCCUCAGGACGACUCCAUUCAUCGUCUUCACGACCGCCGACACACUCUCCCUCUGCUUCUCCCUCACCUCCGUCGUCGUUUUCCUCUCCAUCAUGACCUCCAAAAUGCAAGAGCAGGACUUCCGGAGGUCCCUACCGUUGAAGCUGGUUUUAGGCCUCACCACACUGUUCUUCGCGGUGGCGGCUAUGAUGGUCGCUUUCGCCGCAACACUCGUGCUCAUGAUGAGGAAGAGGCUUCACUGGGCCGCCAUUCCCAUCUACACCAUCGCUUGUUGUCCGGUUACUAUCUUCCUUGUUCUGCAGCUUCCGUUGUAUCUGAAUAUCGCUUGGUUCACUGUACAGGACUUGGUGCAGAGUUUGAUUUCCUCUUUUCCUCAUGGCAAGUGUUUGAACCCGAGAUCAUGCGCUAAAGAAUCUUAAUUUUCCUGUUCAU